ACUUCUUUCGAUGUAGUCCGGACACCCGCUUUGUAGGGCGUGAACUUCCUUAGCGAACACUCAGUGACAGUGACAGGCAUACUCCGCGGUAGAAAUCUAACUGCAUUUGUUCUUUCCAUGGAGUCUGGCACGUCCUAGCUGUCAUAGGGCGUGAUUCGUGAACUUCCGUAGCUAUCACUCGGUGACAGGCGUACUGCGCGCUAGAAAUCAAACACGAUGAAAUCUCGACUCCGCGCAGCCGCGUACCAGCAGCGCGUGCGGCGCACCGCUGCUGAUUCUUCCUAGCAUUUACCUUAGAAGGACUCCCUCGCUAGAGUAGAUCCCCUGAUGGAGUCUCGACUCCGCGCAGCCGCCUAUCAGCAGCGCGUGCGGCGCGCCAUCGGCUGCGUUCUCCUCGUUUCCCUCCUCUCGCUGCUCCUCCUCGCGUCACUCGCCGCGAAAAGCGGCGCCGUCAGCGGCGGCGCGCGCGGUUGGAUCCUACACUGGCUCCAGAUCCCCUGCGCUUCGAGCCCGUCCCAAAGCGCCUCGGAGCGCCUCUCUAGUAGUCACGCCGCGUCGGGAGACGUCGAAUCACAUGGAUUAGGUGACAGAGGAGGAGGAGGUUUGAGCGAGCGCCACGUGUACGAUGGUGGUGGGUACGGAGGAGGGCGGCAGUGCGAGCGAGUGACUAAAGUGGGGAUAUGCGUCUCGGAUUUCUUCGCCCUCAUUGAUGACGUGUACCGCCCCCUCCCCCUGUGGCCCGGUAAAGUGGACCUCGUGAUUCGCAGCUACCUCUCUGAAAAACUCUUCCUGCUCUACUCUCUGCUGACGUCAGUGGAGCUGAUGUGGCCGCGCGGGAUUGGCCGGAUCGUGCUGGUGCUGGAUGAGGGUGAUGACGUGGCUAUGCACCUCGUGCCGCCCUGGGUGCAGGUGAAAUACGAGCGCAACUACCUGAAGCUUCCUGGGAAGAUUCUCCAGCAGUGGAGCUACGGGUGGGCGGACAACUACACGUCGGCGCCCUUCGUCGCCAUCGCCGACGAUGACAUCAUCUUCAACCUCAAGGUGACCCCAUUCCUCCUCUUAAACCUCUCCCAGGGCAACUCAGCCCGCCCCUACCUGAUCGGAAGCAAGGACCAGGGCUACCACCGCCCCUCCACUGACUUCCUCCUCGGCCGCCGCGCCUACGCGGCCAACUUCAUGGUGCAGCUGCCGUUCGUCAUCCCCAGGGGGGAGAUCAAAGGGUACAGAGACGCAGUGGCUGCUGCACAUCCCAAGAUACAAGGGGGAUAUGACGGAGCAGUGCAGCAGUGGGUUGAGAAAGGAGGGCAGUACAGGGACCAGAUCGCCCACACGGUCAUGGGGAAUUAUCUUUGGCACAACGCAAAGGACAAGAUGGAGUUUGCCCUGGAGUGGACGGAUCACACGCCUAUUCCUAGAGUGGGCGUGCACCUGCCCUACACCAACCUCUUCAAGGACCUCGGAGGCUUGCCGUCGGACUCCAAGCUCAACCUCUCCUUCGUCCAGUCAGCCGCGCACUACCAACGAGAAACCAUCUGCCACUCGCUGCCGCCAGGCGAGCUGGCAGGGUGUGAGGGCGUGCAGCAGCAGACGCACAUCUGGCGCUACGCGUGGGACAGGCAGCGGUGGAGGCAGCUCAGGAGGAGGGGCGCUGGCAUGCAGAUCUACGAGAGGCACAUUCGGGAGUUGCACUGUAUUUACCGGGGUAUGGCAAAACAUGUGGGGGAGCGAGGGGGGGAGGGAGAGGGAGGAGUGAGGAGAGGUGGGGAUGCGGAAGAGGAGGGUAGGUUGGUGGUCUCGGUGGAGGGAGAGGAGAGGGGGUUGUUAGUGGAGAGACUGCGUUCAGAGUGUAUAGAGAAAUGGGAGACCUGAUGCUGCAAGUUGAGAAGUUGGCAAUGCGGUAUCUAAUGAUUUCAGUUGGCAAAUGAAGAGGCAAUUUUGGCCAUACUGGUAAUUUGUGUUGUGGUAUACCGUAAUCUCCCGGCAUGAUUACCCCCCCGAAAAAGGGACUCUGGGUCUUUUUUCCAGACCAUGGGUCUUAAUAUCGUAAAGGGAUUGUGAGGACCCGCUGUUUGGGGUAAAUAAUUUGAGGACCCCCCCCUUCAGUUUUAAAUGGUUUUCA